AUGAAGGAAUAUGAUUUGAAGCAGUUUAUUGUAGAAGCUCAGGAAUAUUCUAAAGAUAAUUCAAAUAAUGAUAUUGUAGAAGAAUAUCUUCAAUAUUCAGGAAAUUGCUCAGAAUUACUUGACUUAUUGCAAGGAAAGAAAAAAUCAUCUGAGAUGACAUUAAUAUUCAAUGUUAUAGAACAUAUUUUAUUGAGAAUUUCUGAAGAUUUGACUUCCUAUGAGAAAGUUGGAUAUGAAAUAGUGCAAAAGAUUUUAAGACAAGUUUCUGAUGAAGAAAUAAACUUUGUUAGAGAUGCUGCUCAUCAAUUUAUGAUAUCUGUUUGUUGUUCUCAUAAAAAUGGAAUAAUCUUUUCAAACAGGAUUAUGAAUAAUAGUGGAAAAAAUCCAAAUCAUACUAUCACAAAUAUAUUAAACUCAUUAAAUGCACCAUAUGCCGAUAGAAGAUAUUCAGAUUUUGUGAUUAAAGUACUUCAAGCAUGUCCUGAUCAGAUGAAGUUUUAUUUGCCAUCUUUAAAAGAUGCAGUUAUUCCUCGUAAUUCACUUCCAUGGAUUCAAGCUAUAACAUUAAUAAAAGAGAUUAUUAAUUCUCAGAAGCCAUUACAAUUACUGAAGAAAUCUGAAGAAAAAUUUUCUAUAUUAGAGAUUGCAUCAUUUACCAUUCUUUCCUCAAUGCCAUCAAUAAUAUCUAAAGAUAUCAUAAAUGAAAAUUUAAAGAUGUUUAUCAGUGGCAGUUUGUGGACUCAGAAAGUGGGGGACUAAGUGAAAAAGAAAGCAUUAUUUAGCUUAAUAGUAGAAAAUAAGGAUUUUUACAUAAGUAUAAAACAACAAACAUAUACCUAAUUUUGUUGCGUGGUUUAUUUAUUUGUUUAUACAGAUUUAUAGUAACAAUCAGCAAAAAUCACAAAAAAUACUAUAACAACAGGUUUAAAAAUAUGUAAUUACAGUUAGCAC